AUGGACAUCAACACGGAGAAAGCACUGCCCAAGGGGGUAGACCCGGAAAAGACCCCGGAAGAAGUCGAUAGAAGCGGCAGUGUUGCAACUGAUGCCUCUCUUGACCAGGCCCUGAACCAGCUUGAUAUUUCGUCCAAAGACGCAGAUGAAGCAUUCCUGUACCUGAAAGACCAUCCCAAUGCGGAUGCGGUGCGUCAAGAGGCCAUCGCAAUACUGGCAGACCCGAAGGCGACGAAGCGACUCGUCCGCAAGAUCGAUUUCCAGAUUGUCCCAUGUAUGAUUGCGGUGUACUUUCUUCAAUACUUGGACAAGACCACGAUCUCGUAUACCGCCGUGAUGGGACUCCGUGAAGACACUCACCUACACGGUCAGGAUUAUUCCAACAUUGCAAUGAUGUUUUACGUUGGGUUCCUCGCGGCCGAGUUCCCGACCCAGUAUUUGGCACAGCGCCUCAGUCGGCUGGGCAAGUAUCUCGGCGCCAAUGUCAUGCUAUGGGGUGUCGUGCUGGCCUCGAUGGCCGCGUGCACGUCUUAUGCCGGCCUGAUGAUCACCAGAGUCCUUCUCGGCAUCUUUGAGGCUCCCGUGGCACCGAUCUUGGUCCUGAUCAUCGCCAUGUGGUACAAAAAGGGCGAGCAAGGCCGACGGGUCAGCUACUUUUACGUCUGCAACUCGGUCACUCAAAUAUUUGGAAGCGGUGUCGCCUACGGUGCCAGCUUCUCCAAGUCCAGUUUUGCCAGCUGGCGUAUCUUUUUCUUGAUCAUUGGGCUGAUGACCAUCUUGCUGGGCCUUUUCGUCUUUAUGUUCCUGCCCGACUCUCCGGUCAAGGCCGUUCGUUUCACCGACGCCGAAAAGAUUGCGGCGCUGUUGCGGGUCAAGGAGAACCAGUCGGGCACACAGAAUGCGACCCUCAAAAAGGCGCAGGUCAUUGAGUCAUUGAAGGAUGUCCGGGUGUGGCUCGUUUUCAUAUCGGUCCUUCUGACAUCGAUUCCUAACGGCGGCUUGUCCAACUUCUCUUCGAUCCUCCUUACCACGUUCGGUUACAGUAGCCAACAGGCGCUGAUCCUGAACAUGCCGUCCGGCGCGGUUGGGAUAUUCGUCGUCCUGCUUUCCGGGUACCUGUCCGACCGAUGGAACGACCGGUCACUGGUCAUGCUGAUUUGUCUCAUUCCGACCAUCGUCGCGGCAGGUAUGAUGUACGGACUGGAUCCGGACGGGAUCCCCAAAAGCAAAGGCGCCUUGUUGUUUGCUUCGUACCUCAGUGGGACCUUUGGUGCGGCGUUUAUGCUCCUCCUCGCGUGGAACGCCAGCAACAUCGCCGGGCACAGCAAGAAGGUCACCUGUAACGCCUUGACACUUGUCGGCUUCUGCACCGGCAAUAUCUUGGGCACGCAGACCUUCCAACAGAGUGAGGCACCCGGAUACAAGAGUGGGAAGAUUGCCAUCGUGGCCUGUUUGUCAGCACAAGUGCUUGUGUGUUUUGUGCUGAGGUACUGCAACGACCGACUGAACAAGAAGAACCAGCAGAUCCUGGCGGGUAUGAGCGAGGAAGAGAAAGCAUUGGCGCGUGAGAAGCUGGCGUACAGCGACGAGACCGAUUUACGCAAUCCCUUUUUCGUGUACACUCACUGAAGAAGAAAACAUCCGCAGCGUGUGUACGUACGUGUACGUGUACGCUCACCCUUGGGCCUAGAUGGGAUAAAAAAUGGUCGUUGAUGGGACGGACACUUUCUACUGUACACGUACGUCUACGCAACUGGUGGCCUUACAGCCUUGGGUCCUGGGGGGACUCGUAUUCCAUAC